GGAACAGUUGACGAGGUUGAUAUUAUAAACGUCAGACAAAUUCAAGGAACAUACGAAGCUUUUAAAGAAAUUUAUUUACAAAUGGAGCAUGAGAUAGAGGAGAGAUUACGUCAGAAAUACACACUGAUUGAUAGGACCGAUCCCAUGGCCGUAGCCGCAGCUCAACAGGCUGGUUUGAUAUCGGAAGACACUUCUAUGGUUGGUGAGUCAGACGGUUCAGGAUUCGGUGUCGGUAACGCUCCAAGAUCCGCAAAAGCCGAACCAUCAGCUGUUGUACAGUUAAAGAAAAAAGAAAAGGAAAGAGAAAGUAAAAAGAAGGGAUUUAAGGACAGACAGAGUCGUCAAAAUACACAAACUUCCCUGCUUGUUCCUGUAGCUGGUAAAGCAUCCACCAGUCCUUCACAUUCAGCUAAAGGUGAUCGGGAAUUAAAGUCACCCCAUACCCCUGUAGACAGGAAGGAGGACAAGGAACUCGAUGGCACGGCUUCACCAAUCAGCUCCAUGGGAACAGGCUCCAACAUAAAAGAACGACCCAGCACACCACCCAGUAGAACAACAGCUUUUGAAGAAUUUAAACAGGAAAGGGGAAGUAAAAUUAACAGUAUACUUAUAGAAAAUAAAGAAAUUUUGGCCGUAAAGAAGAAGUUAUAUACAGAGAGAGCAAGGACGAUAAACGGGAAUAAGAUAGAAAUAGAUAACCUGAGACAGAGGCUAGAUCAUUUAAAAGCUGAUAGAGAGGCUCAAGGUACGAUGUUUAAUGAAGAAGGUGAUGUGAUUAUCAGUGAAGAGGAAUUUAAUACGAUCAAACAACUUAAAGAAAUGAAGCAGUCGUAUCGCGUGAACUUUGAUGAACUCAAGAAUUUAAAAUCAGAAGUACAAUAUUGUCAGAAAUUGGUGGAUCAAUGUCGACAGAAACUCAUACAAGAGUUUGAUAAUUGGUAUGCUGAGAGUUUUUUAAAUGUAAAUGAAGAGAAUUCUACGAGUUUAGCUGCUGGCCAUGGAAUGAGACCGGGUGUUUUAAUGGCCUAUAAUACACAACCUAUACCUGAAGAUGAACAAGAGAAGUUUGAUAGAUUACAACGUGAGUUAUUGAUGAAUGAUCCGGAUUCCAUGUCGUUUUAUAAUGCUCAGAUGAGAACUCAAAGACGAAAAACUUACGGAUCAGCGAUGGCCCAGCCCCAACCUAGUUUCAACCAGCAAAGAAGUGUCGGAACACCCACCAUGAACAUUAGAAACCGUCCGCCAACAUUACUACAAGUCCAGUAUUAAAAAUAUUACAAAUUUUAUAAAA